AUGUCUGUUGCAGACUUCAUAAUAAAUGAUGUGAAACCAGCCUUAAGUCACGGCUUUGAGGGGACACCGAUAAGACAGUUUGAGGAUUUUUUGCCAUGGAGCUAUGUGACAAGGCUUCGAGUUGGAAUGUCCUUACUUGUGGUGGAGCUGUGUGAGAGGCUGGCCUUCUUUGAAGUCGUCUGUAACCUGCUCCCCUUUUGCAUGGUGAAGCUCGGCUAUUGCAAUCACCAGGCAGCUGCUCUGAACUUGUGUUUCGUUGGCACCUCCAUCCUGACCCCUGUGCUCGUGGGAUGGCUUGCUGAUGUCUACCUAGGAAGAAACAGGCUGGUAUAUAUGUGCUUAUUUCUGCAUUUCCUAGGCACUGUUUUGUUAUCUGUGAUUGCUUUUCCCUUGGAAGACUUCCACAUAGGAGCUCACCACGUGGCUAACAGCAUUCCCAGAGAGGAGCGCGGCAAGCUGUUUCACACCGCCCUGCUGGCCAUCUCUCUGGGCACAGGAGGAGUAAGGGCCCUCAUCUGUCCACCAAGUGCUUAUGGUCUCCAGGAGGAUGGAGGAAAGAAGCCAUUGUCCUUUUUUCACUGGGUUCACUGGUUCCUGAACCUAAAUGCAGCUGUUGUCUUUCUGACAAUCUCUUACAUACAGCACUCAGCGGCCUGGGCCCUUGUUAUAUUAAUGCCUUUCAUGUCUACACUUAUGGUGCUCGUGACUCUACAUAUGAUGUCCUAUAACCUGCUUGAUCAGCCAGAGACAAAUCUCUCCCUCCUGACCGUCCUUGGAGUGCUGGCGAACGCGCUGGAAACGCGCUGCCGGCGGCGUGACGUUCUUGGCAGCCACCGGCCAAGGUGGAUAGACCAGGCCAAGAAGAAACACGGAGGCUGCUACAGUGGGCCCCACGUAGAAGACACCAAAUUUGUCCUCUUCUCCCUUCUCCCUCUCUUCGUUUCCCAGCUCUUAUACAGAGUGUGCGUCAUGCAGAUUCCUUCAGGAUAUUAUCUACAGACCAUGAAUUCCAACUUGAAUUUGGGUGGAUUUCUCCUGCCUGUCUCCCUCAUGAAUGCUGUCAGCAUUCUGCCAUUACUAAUUCUGACCCCCUUUAUGGAUUACCUCAGCACCUGCCUGAUCUCCUCUAAGAGAGAUGGACCAUUUCUGUCGGCAUGCAUCAUGGCUGGACAUGUUUGUGCAGCAUUGUCUGUGAUGGUGGCUGGCUUCCUUGAAGUGCACAGAAAACAUUACCCCUCAGUGGAGCAACCUCUUUCAGGCACAAGUCACCUUGUCUCCUCCAUGACCUGUUUCCACCUGAUUCCUGCCUACAUUUUACUUGGAGUGGCUGAAACUCUGGUCAACCCAGCCUUUUCUGUACUGGCCCACAGCUUUGUUCCCAGCACCCUCCGAGGAGUGUCCAUGAGCCUGUCGGCCCUGUUCCACGGACUCGCUGCGUUCACGGGGGCGCUGCUGGUGGAGGUGGCUUAUCUGGUCUCAGAAGGCAAUUGGUUUCCAAACACAUUAAACGAAGGCAAUUUAGAAACAUUCUUCUUCUUGCUGGCAUCGUUAACACUGCUGAACGCCCUGGGAUUCUGGAGGGUUUCACAAAGAUAUUGUAAUCUAAAUCAUUUUAAUGCCCAGAACAUCAGUGGAAGUAAUCUUGAAGAAACAUAUCUCCUCCACGAAAAGUCUCUGAAAUUUUAUGACAGUAUACAGGAAAUUUCUUCAAGUAUUGAUCUUUGGGAGACAGCCCUGUGA